AAUGAGUUUAGAGAGAAAAGUACAGUCAUACUGAGCAGUUUGCCAGCAAGUCCAAAAAGAAGAGCAUACCUAUUUGAAGCAUGGAGAUGCCUGGAUUAUAUGAGAAGCUGACUUCCGUGGCAGCAGUGGCUCUAGCUGUCUUGGCCGUGGUGAGGUCGUCCCCGGUAGUGGGCCCUGAGCCCAUCCGUUGUGCUACCUGUACGCAAGAGAAACUCAACAACUGUCCUGCCAUCCCAGCAGACUGCAGGCAGGUGCUGAGGGAGCCUGGGUGCGGCUGCUGCAUGGCCUGCGCUCUGGAGAGAGGAGCGUCCUGUGGGAUUCACACAGCCCACUGUGCCGAGGGGCUCCGCUGCACUCCCAGACCCGGUGAGACCAGCCCGCUCCACGCUCUGACCAGAGGGCAGGGGGUCUGCACUGAGGAUGUGGGCCAAGAGGAAACUGAUGGAGCCCCUGACCACAGCUCCCUGCACUACCUGUUGGAUCUCAACCUUCCUUUGGACCACCAAGACACAGAGGGCCAAGAAAGCAUCAAGGCCAAGGUCAAUGCCAUCCGCAACAAAAUGGUAGAACAGGGUCCAUGUCACAUUGAGCUGCGUGCAGCACUGGACAUGAUAUCCGACGCUCAGCAGAAACAAGGAGAGAAGUUCACAACUUUCUACCUCCCCAACUGUGAUAAGCACGGCUACUACAAGGCUAAGCAGUGUGAGUCAUCUCUGGUUGGACCGCCUGCUCGCUGCUGGUGUGUCUCCUCCUGGAACGGGAAGAAGCUCCCAGGAUCAAGUGACCUGCUCGGUGACUCAGAGUGUCAUCAAGAAGUCACUCACUGAAGGAUGGACUCACCCUUCAACACAAACACAUAGAGACACAAACAUGUGUCAUGAAGUGAAAGUGUGAAUCUACUUGCAACCACCUGAUGAACUGACUUCCCUUCAUAAAAAACGCACUCAUUCACACAAAGUGUAACAUCCGUUCUCAGAGGGGGAAAUUUCCUCUCAUUUUAUUUACAAGAUGUAUGUAUCAAGACUUAUUUAUUCUCACUAGCAUUAACCAUUUGUCAUUUUUAGAUGUUUUAUAUGUUUGCCCAUUUUUUUCUGAUUGUAAAUAGGGCAACACUGUAUACAUUUGUGUUUCUGACUAAAUAACUCCAUUGCUCAAAACCACAGGUCCACAGCUCUGCCAAGCCCAUUUCAGUCUUCAGGAUUACUUUUUUUUCUUUUUUUUUUAAUUCAUUCAAAAGUGGAGCUGUGCACGGUGCGGAACAACACAGCUGCUCAUUCAUUCAACGUGUUGACAUUGUCUGAAUGUAUCUCCAUUGGCGUUUCCUCAAUGGGUAUUGGGGGAAAUAUUUAAAGUGCCGCAAGUAUGUGCACGGUGGCCAAGCACAAACAUAUCAGGGCUCAUCCAAGCCACCAUGAGGUUUGGGAUGGGUUGAUCUGCAUUUGUCUACCUCUACUAGUCUCUGCAGGUCCACAGGUUUAGCAGAGGAUUUGUAAGGGCUCUCUUCUCAGCUACACCUUUCUCACUUUAGUGACCUAUAUUUGUCUCUUUUUUUUCCCCCUCGACCUACUCUAGCAUCUUUUUUGUGUAUUUAUUAUGAUCCACUCAUGUGUUUCUGCUUUUGUUUGUUGUUGAGCGCUCAUGUGCAGUGGACCAAAGUGUUUGUGAAUGAUAUUUUGCCCGGAAUGCUGCUAUUCCAUUAUUGGUUUCAUUGAAUAAGUGUGUGUAUGUAUAUGUGUAU